AUGUUUACAAUUUUAAUAACUACUGGUGCUACGAUUACAUUCAAAUUAUUAAUUGAUAUAAUUACAGAUGUAGAUUUCAUAGAAAAUUUAAUUAAAUUACAAGUUUCAAAAUUAUAUAUUCAAUAUGGAAAUGAAAUAAACAAUGGUAAAAAUAAAAGUAAACAAUAUUUUGAUAAUUUAAUUGAAUCAAAACAACUAGUUAAGAUUUUACAAUUAAAUCAAAUUGAAAAUUACCAUUAUUUAAAUUCUAAAAUUGAAAUUAUUGCAUUUCCAUUCUCAUCUAAUAUAAAUUCAUAUAUUAAAGAAUCGGAUUUAAUUAUUAGUCAUGGUGGUACUGGAUCUAUACUUGAUUGUUUAAAAUUACAAAAAAAAUUAAUUGUAGUUAUAAAUGAUCAAUUAAUGGAUAAUCAUCAAUAUGAAAUUGCAAAUGAAUUUGAAAUAUUACAAUAUUGUAAGAAAUAUGAAAUUAUACAAUUAAAAACAAAAGAGUUUUUUGAAGAUAUGGAUAAAUUAUUAAAUGAUAAGAUUAAAUAUAAACAAUUUCAUGAAUCUGAUGGUGUGAUUUUGAAAUCAAUUAUACUUGAAGAAUUAGGUAAAUAA